AUGCUCCGCCGCCGCCGUUCGCUUCUUCUGCUCAUCGUUUGCCUAUGCCAUUUCUCAAAUGCGGCUCCACUGGAGCAAAUGAGCCGAAUCGUGUUCGCCAGCGAUGUCGAGCCAAAUUCGACACUAACCUUGGAUUUCGCCAGGAAUACUGUGACCUUCCAAAGCCAAAUUUUCAGCUUAAUCGAUGCUUCCAACGUUUUUAGCGAGAAUGGCGAAAAGUUGCCGGUCUACGGCGAAUCGGUGCUCCGCUUCACAUUGAUCAAUAAAAAUUCGGAAAAGAGCCCAUCCAACGAGCCGGCGAUCAUUUACUUUGUGCCAUUGAGCGAUAAUCAUGUCGCCACUGUCUACGAUUUGACGACAUCCAUGAGAAUUCGCGUCGAUUCCAACAACAUUGCGAAUCGCUUUAUAACGCUGUUGAGCCCAAAAGGAGCCGUGAAACUCUCACACUUCGAUGACAUCAAUGGCUAUACGCAAUUGGUGAUCUCGGCGGGAGGGGUGGAAGAAGCUCAGAAUCGCAACUACACUAUCUAUAAUCUCGAAGAAGCCGAAUCGCGCACAACUGUUCCGAUGCUCAUCGCCGAGCCCGUUGUGACGCUUCGCAAACUUCUUGCCGUCACCAAAAGCGAUUUCGCCGUGACAGCGCAGCCAUACAAAAUAGAAUCGACGACGAUCACCAUUCCGAUGAACUGGAGCGAUUUCACGGUGGCGCUCUCGCCGAACUAUCGCGUUCGCGCGGAAUCGCGAAGCAUUCGCUACAUUUUCAACGCCGCUCUCGACAACUCGCAAUUCGACGUUUUUCUGACAGCCCACCUCGAUGACAUGAGCAAUUUGACGAUUAUUCAUGACGGCUAUGCCGGAAUGGGCAUCGAGACGUAA